AUGUGUCUGUUUGUAUUUGACGCCCUAAAAGAGUAUUGGAAUUCUGCAGAAUUCAAAGACAAGUCUGAAAAGGCAAAGAAAAAUCGAGCUUCAGAUGUUAGGGGCAGUACGCAUACUUGUAGUUCCAUUCCUAUGUCGGAGCAUAAGAAAAGACUAUUGAAACAAUUUGGUCGCCCACCCACACAUACUGAGUUGUUUUUUGCAACACAUAGAAAGAGAGACAGUUCAGGAUUUGUUGAUAGGAGGUCUGAGGAUAUUUAUGCUAACUUCCAAACGCAACAACAAGAGGCAUUAUCACAGGUAUCGGCAUUUGGCCAACCAGAAGAUAAUGACGCUAUCCAGCCCUCGCAGCCAGUUAUUGAUGAGAGAUUAAUAUGGUUAGAGGUUGCGGGUGGCAAGAAAAAGGGUCGCAUCUAUGGGAUAGGGUCAGAAGCGUAUGCCAUCUUUGGUUCCUACUACCUACCACCACCAUCGCCGCCACUGCCGUCGUCGAGCUCAUUGACAGAGCAAAUUCAAGAAGCUGUCAGGACAACUAUUGAACCCUUUCAUGAUCGUCUGUCAGCCCUUGAAGGUAGGUUGUCUCCCCUACCGCCGUCUUCAUCAUCACCGCCCCCGGAUCCUUCGGAUCAUUAA